AUGUCGGACGGUGACCGGGCCAAGCCACUUCGACGCGAUGCCGCGUCGCUGGGCUGGCUGGCACAGAGCUCGGUACAACCCAGGAAACGAACAGCGAUCGAAGGGGUGAGUGGGACCAGCCUGGUGUCCCUCCGCUCCCAGCUGGCCAGCAAGCAGCAGGAGGCUGCGGCGACUCGCAGCGGCGCCCUGGACCCCGAGGAGCUGAGGGCCCGCAGGAAGGGGAGGGACGUGCUGUCCCAAUCGAACCCCGGGGUCACGAGUCGCGACGCCCGUGACCGUGCAGACCUGCCGGCCACCCCCGGGGACGUCCUGGCCGCCUCGAGGGCCGCACUGGAGCGCAAGGCGGCGCUCUACGAGCGCCUGGCAGCGGGAGAAGAAAGCGCAGGCGGCGAGUACGAGGUGGACUUCGCCCUCAAGGCGCCCGACACGGCGCGCCUCGCCGUGGCGGGCGGCCUGGUGAGCCGCGACAUGCUCGCGGAACGGGACCGCCGUGCCUGGGAGGAGGAGGUGGAGGCCAACCACGCCCAGGAAAGCGAGGCCGAAGCGCGGCGCCGGUCCCGCAUAGAUGCUGUCAAGGAGCUGAUGGCGGAGACGGCAGAGGGGCGCAUGGCCGCUCAGGGCGCGAGAGCCGCUUCGCAGCAAGCGGCGGCAUCCAAGGCUGCAGUGCUAAAGGCCGCCUUCCUGAAGCGCCAGGUGGAAGCUCGGCGGGCAAAGAAGGCAGCCAGCGGCUCAAAGGGCGGUGUCACCUGA